UUGCAGGGUGCGAUGCUCAAGGGAAACUGUAUGUCACAUGCAUAUCCCCACGUCAGAGACACGAGCGAAAAAAUUCGUUUGUGUUCGAGCAAUUUCUCGUUGACUCGAGGGAGCCCAGUCGAUACGUCGGUCAACGUCGAUCGACGUGAAAAACAAUUUUAGAGAGUCUCUCCUUGCUAAGUUAGUGUUUUGAUUCGUCUAUCGGCCGUGGCCCGCAGGAUUCUCCUCGAUAAUUCAAUUACUUUCAUUAACCGGAUCGCUCUAUUUUACUAUCGCUCGUCCCGUUUCCGGCACCGCCGCUACAUUUUGGAGCGCACCACCACGCUGAAUCUCGCUUACGUGUAAUUUAAUUACUGUUAUUACUUAAUCGAAUAAAUAACCCACCGCUUGGUCGAGUUCGAGGCGUGACUUUUCCGCCGUUACAUAUUUACGCAGGAAUCGAUGAUCCGCGACUGAACUUCCACGAAUUCGGAAUAUGAGAUGGCCAGAAUUGUAGCGAACGUAAUCGUCUAUUUAUGUUUACUCUGUAACAUUAUCACCGCCGACGAAAGUAACGAUAACGUACAGGAUGUAGCAUCCAAGACGGUAUACAAGACUCCAGAGGUGUCUGGAUACGCUUAUUUAGUAGAAACGUUCGACGAUGAGGAGAAGUUUAAGGACACGUGGAUAUUGUCAGAGGCUAAGAAAGAUUCCACGGACGAGGACAUAGCUAAAUACGAUGGGAUCUGGUCCGUGGAGGAACCCAAGAAGCACGCGCAGGAGGGCGAUCUAGGAUUAGUGCUCAAGAGCAAAGCCAGACACGCCGCGAUAUCUGCUCUAUUGUCCAAACCAUUCCACUUUAAAGAUAAUCCCUUAAUUGUACAGUACGAAGUGAACUUCCAAGAAGGUCAGGAAUGCGGCGGGGCGUAUUUGAAACUGCUCACCUUGGACCCGGAGCAUGAAGACUUGAACAAGUUCCACGACAAGACUCCCUAUACCAUAAUGUUCGGGCCCGACAAGUGUGGGAACGAUCACAAGCUACAUUUUAUCUUUCGGCACAAAAAUCCUCUGAACGGCUCCAUAGAGGAAAAACAUUGCAAGAAGCCGAGGGAACGUUUGGAAGACUUUUUCAAGGACAAGCAGCCUCAUCUUUACACUUUGAUCAUUCGUCCUGAUAACAGUUUCGAGAUCAAAGUGGAUAACAAGGUUGUCAACUCUGGCUCGCUGCUGGACGACUUCACUCCACCGGUUAAUCCACCCUUGGAGAUAGAAGAUCCAUCGGAUGUUCAACCGGAAGACUGGGACGACAAGGAAAAAAUUCCUGACCUGUCAGCUGUCAAGCCAGAUGACUGGGACGAAGACGCGCCUGCUCAAAUCGUAGACGAAGACGAUAUCAUGCCCGAAGGAUGGCUCGAAGACGAACCACCCAUGAUUCCUAAUCCUGAUUCCGUCAAACCGGAAGACUGGGAUGUCGAAAUGGAUGGGGAAUGGGAACCUCCUGAGAUUCCCAAUCCAAAGUGCGCAGAUGUACCAGGAUGUGGACCGUAUAAGCAGAAGAUGAAGAAGAACCCGAGGUACAAGGGCAAAUGGUCGCCACCCUUGAUCAAUAACCCCAAUUACAAAGGGAAAUGGAAGCCUAAGCUCAUACACAAUCCUAAUUACUUUAACGAUGAGAAUCCAUUCCAGAUGAUGUCUAUCUUUGCUGUUGGUUUUGAACUGUGGUCCAUGUCCACCGACAUAUUAUUCGACAAUAUCCUUGUCACUGACAACGAGGAUGUAGCCAGAAAGUGGGCAGACGAUACUUUCGAAGUACGUCGUGCUAGAAUCGCAGAGGAAAGCGUAACCUUGUGGGGUCGCAUAUUGAAAGCUACGAAUUAUAAACCAGGCUGGUGGGCGCUGUAUUUCUUGUACUGCGCGAUACCAGUUGUGUUGUAUAUUUGGUACCUAGUGAAACGGUUUCGUGAGGAAAAAUACGACUUAAAGGAUGAAGAUAAGCAGCCCUUAGAGGUAAACGAGGAAACAACGCCUCGUCAACAAGAAGAGAACGAAAAUGAAAGCGAAACUAAGCCAGAUAGCACCAAAGCGGAUGAAGAAACUGAGAAGGUGAACGAACCAGAGACAGCGAAUGAAACUGAAGAGUUAAUAGAAAGCGAAGAGAAUGACAAGCCAGCGAUGGGUGGCGAUGGACCACGACGAAGAAAACCAAAUAAAGAAUAGAGUUAAUUGAAAUUUAAACAAAAAAAGGAAUUCAUAUUAAUUAAAAUAUUUAUGCAAAACUUUCACAUUCCACGUUACACUUGGUCAUUGUGUACGUUAGGGUUUUCAGUGUCCAAUACAUGCAAUACGAUCACUAGGAACCAGUUCUUUACCUAAAACUUCUAUAUUACUCGGUUCGAGCAUUAAACUUUUCAUUAUGUCAUACUUUGAGGCGAAUGAUUUUCACGUUAAGCAUGUUUCACGUAUGAAUGAUAAUACUUAAAAAAAAAAGAAAAAAAAAAAACAACUAUUUGUAACGAAUGAUGUUCGGUGUAACUAUUUAUGCCUUAAUAAUAUGUAACGUAGCGAUAUGUAAUUUUUGUUAUUGUAUGGUGAAAGUGAAUAAGAAAAAUUUAUUCACGGUUUACGUAUAAGAAUCAUGCGUUUAGAUGUUCGUGGAUGUCGCGUUGUCUGCUAUUUUAACACGGAUCGUGCGCGAAAAUUACAAUAUUCAGUUCUCGGUUUCGCAGACGUUUAUAUUAUUCGAUGUAACGAACUUUCUUAAACAAUAUGUUUUAUUUCUCUGCCAUUACGUUAAUAAAGUGUACAAUGUGAAUGAAUUACUUUUAUGUAUAGCAUGAUGUUGUAUUAUUUAUAACUGUUAAGUUUGAAAUUGUUUGAGUGUAAUUAAAAGAAUACAUUAUGAAACUCUUCGAUUAUUUUCUACGA